AUUUUCUUGAAAAUGGGGGAGAAGAAGAAUAUGCCAACAGUUUGGUUUUCUUUGAAGAAAACUUUGCAUUGUAAAUCAGACCAAUCAGAUGUUCAUGACCCAAAAACAAGAAAACAGCUUAGUGCAAUUUUGACUAAAAAAGGAGGAGGAGGAAGGUCUGGUUGUUCAAGGUCUAUAGCAAAUCUGAAAGAUGUUAUUCAUGGAAGUAAAAGACAUUUGGAUAAGCCUCCUAGUUGUAGUCCAAGAUCUAUUGGAAGUAGUGAGUUUCUUAAUCCAAUAACUCAUGAAGUUAUUCUAAGUAAUUCAAGAUGUGAGCUGAAAAUCACUAGUUUUAAUGGAUUUCAAGAAAGUGCUAAUGGUGGUGGGGGGGUUGGUGGGGGGAUUACUAAUGGUGGCUCAACUUUUGUUGGUACUUUAAGGCCUGGUACACCAGGUCCAGGAGGGCACCCUACAAUGCAUUAUUUCAAUUCUGGUUGUAGGAACACAGUGGCAACUCCUACAAGGAGGAGUGCAUCUUUUCUUGUUGAUAAAGAAGGACAUGGUAGUUUUCCUUGUAAACCUACCAGGCAUUCACUUGACAAUGAUGUUAAUGGAACUUCUGGGGUCACAUGUCAUAAGUGUGGAGAGCAGUUUGGGAAAUGGGAAGCUCUUGAAGAACAUCAUCUUUCUAAGCAUGCUGUGAGUGAACUUUUGGAGGGUGAUUCUUCAAGGAAGAUAGUAGAAAUAAUUUGUCGCUCAAGCUGGUUAAAAUCCGAGAGCCAAGUUGGACGGAUUGAAAGGGUCUUGAAAGUUCACAACACACAAAAAACUCUGGCUCGGUUUGAAGAAUAUAGGGAGAUGGUGAAGAGCAAAGCAAGUAAGCUCCCUAAGAAGCAUCCUCGAUGUAUAGCUGACGGCAAUGAACUUUUAAGGUUCUAUGGAACUACUUUGGCGUGCGGCCUUGGCAUGAAUGGAUCCUGCAGUCUCUGUAUAUCUGAUAAAUGCUGCGUCUGUCGAAUUAUCAGAAACGGUUUCUCCACGAAGAAGGAACUCAAAGGUGGGAUUGGCGUCUUCACUACUUCCACAAGUGGAAGUGCUUAUGAAUGCAUCGAGAUGAGUAAAGAAGAUCCCUCCUUAAGAAAAGCAUUGAUCGUCUGCAGAGUAGUCGCAGGUAGAGUGCAUAGGCCAUUGGAGAACAUUCAGGAAAUGGCUGGCCAAACCGGGUUCGAUUCUUUGGCAGGUAAGGUUGGCGUGUACUCGAACAUAGAGGAGCUUUACUUGCUUAAUCCAAAGGCUCUUCUUCCCUGUUUUGUGGUAAUCUGCAAAGCCUAAGGAACAUGAUAGAAUGUUUAAAGUUAGUUGCGAAAUUUUGCUUCGCGUAUAGGUUUUUCGACAUGUUGUUCUGCAGGAACUCUUUGUCCUUAAAUUCCAAAUUCUUACUUCCCGCAA